CCGAAUACAGUGGACCCCUGUUUAUCGCGAGGGUUCACACCAGGUUCCACACACUGAUAGGUGAAAAAUGCAAAAUGGAGAGACCUCUUAUUAAAAAACACUACUCAUUCACUGCCAGCCUUCCCAGUUAACAUGGAUAUUUGACUUCGAAAGCCGUCAAUGGCAGUGAAUGUGUUUUAACACUCUUAUUCCUAUAGCUAAUCCUAUUCCUUAGCACCUGUUCUCACUCUCUUGCUAUCAAGAAAUGGGAGACAAUCGUAUAACGGACUUUCUCGCUCGCACAGUCCUCCAAAUAAGAGUACCCUAUUUUCCGCACGAUAAGGCGCACUUAAAAGCCUUUAAUUUUUUCAAAAAUCUACGGUGCGCCUUUUAACCCGGUGCGCCUUAUGUGUGCACUGAGUUCCAAAAUCUGUAAAAAUGUUCUUGCGCGCAUCACUGACUGUUGGACCAUUUCCCUGCCGACAGGGACGUAAUGCGUACACUACGUACGAUGGCAGCGAUAAACCAAUUAGAGAACAUGACGUACAGUACAUACGCUUACCUCCGCCACGCCACUGUACUACCGGUAUGCUGCAAAACAAUUUGUUUGGCUAAGGACCCCCGAAAAUGGCAUCAGCGAAGAGACAUGCUUACAAGGCACAAUUCAAACUACAGGCUAUCAGUUAGGGUUGUAAAUGGGAAUAGAGCAGCCGCGACAGAAUUCAAAAUCAAGCACAAGAACAGCGUCUCUACAGUCAACAUUCGACUGAAGGCAAAAACGUUAGCACAAGACAUGAAGAUGGAACACUUUCAAGGAGGUCCGUGUUGGUGCUUUCGUUUUAUGAAAAGGCGCCAUCUCGCCAUCCGCGCAAGGACUACCGUGGCGAACUUCAAUCGCUGGACAUUGGUGUCGUUCAAAGUGAAGUUGCGAGCGGCGUGGGCGCGAUGGAUGAGAGACGGCGAACACACCUUUACUAAGACUGGGGGGCAGCGCCGGGCGAGUUACGCCACCAUAUGUGAAUGGAUUGUUGAUGCCUGGGCUAAGGUGUCUGCUUUGACCGUUGUCCGCGCUUUCGCGAAAGCCGGCGUCAUUCCUGUACAGCCACCCGGCAACGAGACUGACUCCGACAAUGACGAGAGGGAACCUGGCAUGUUUGAUGUCGAAAUUGCCCAGCUGUUCAGUUCAGAUACAGAAGAUGAGGACUUCGAUGGAUUUGUGACAAAAGAUUGCUCAAAAAAUAAUGUGGUUUCUCAAGUCUUGUGCAGAGAACAUUUUAUUGGGUGAUGGGAAACCUGCCAGUAACUUCCCUCUGCACUUUGCCACAGGCACGUGUGUGGCCACCGUGCAAUAUGACUCAGAAGGUCCAGACGAGCUGAGCGUGUCACCGGGUGACCGCAUCAUCAUCGUGGGACGACUGGUGUCCUGUCACGGCUGGUUCUUGGGCAUGAAGGAGGAAACGGGGGAAGCGGGUCUUGUGGCGACGAGCCAGGUGAAAUGCUCGGGUGACACUUACGACUCGGUAAACGCUCUUUUAGACGGAGAAGAAGUGAACUUCUUCAACCUGCACGAGGACGACGUCAUUGAGGAAACGACUGCCUUGCUCAAGAGAACAUCUCAAAGUGAUAUCGGUCAUACGUACAAACUAGAUGUGUUCAGUUACCAAGACUCCGAGAAGAAUCGGUCAAAAGCUCCCUCAGCCACAGUUGAGACUGACUUCAAAGAAAAUAUGGAGCGGCUUCUCGACCCGGAAAAGCAUUUAACCCCCGAGUGUGUUUGUCCGAGGAUCCAAGACGAUGCGAUUGAUCCUGUUAAAGGCCGACAUGUGAAAACUCCUCGUUUCACUGUUCAGCCAGCUGAAGAAAGACAACACACUGAGAACAUCACUUUGCUCCUGUCUUUUUUGGAAGGACGUGAUUCCAAAGAUGAGUUCAGAGUGUUUUACAUACAAAGUCCUGAACUUCUGUCCUCCUCGAUCUUCUGCGGCCACUCGCACGAGGACGAGUUGAUUUCCUUUCUGUCCGUCGCCAGGGAAACUGCCAGGAAGAAGCGGCUAUUGUGGUCCCAGACUCGUUUAUGCUUCUUGUUGGGCAAGUUCUCCGCUGCCAAGUCCAAAUUCAGCCAGGCCCGGGUUUAUUUUGAGGAGGCUCUCGGCGUGCCUCGUGAAACCUUCACAGACGUUAGUCUGCUGGCGAGCAUUUACUCCAACCUGGCCGCCAUUUAUCUUUUACAGAAGAACACAGAGAGCUUCUUCGGCGUGUCCGAGCGACUCGUGGCCUUGUUAAUGGGAACGUCGUACUGCCUGGAAUGUGUGAAGGAAAGCUCGGUUCUAGAAUACGCCCUCAAGAAAGCGGUUCUUUCUCAAAACGCAAUGGCUGAAGCUCGAGCUUGUUAUCUUCUGGCGAUGCACCAUUGGGCUCACAAAGAGGGCCCAAAAGUUGUCCCCUACCUAGAGAGACUCCUUGUUCUUUGUGCCGGAGCUCAGGGAAGGUCGAGCGUCUCCCCCAGUGGAGGACAUCUAACCCUGGGGAGGCUAUACAGGGAAAUGGGCCUCCACCAGCUCAGUAUCUGCUCAGCUGCAAGAGCAUCGCGGCAUACGUCUACGACACUGACUGACGGUCUCAGCGGCCUGCUCCUCGUCACGGGCAACACCACGGACGUGGACUCCUUCCCAGCUCACAUGGCUCCAUAUUUACACCGCUGUCUUUCUUUGACCGAUAGCCAAAGAGCGCCAGCACACAGACAACAUUCAGUGUUGAAGCACCAACUCGCCGUUUGUCUCUCGCAGCUCUUUUACCAGCAGGGGAUGCUUGACAAGGCCAUCCGACUCAUGCGCGUUCUUAUCGGCGGCACUCCUCCCUCCCCCGACUCGGCAGAACAGAAGAACGCCCUCAUCUGGCUGGCAUGGCUCCACAUCCACGACCGUCAGCCGAGCGUGGGACUGCGCGUCUUGGACUCGGUCUUGGGCGCCCUGCCUGAGCACUGCACCAUGCCACUGGAAGGGCUGGUGCUUAACAUGCGUGGGGUGGCUCUCCGGUGCAUGGGUGACCUUCGUAGGGCGGCAGAGAGCUAUCACGCUGCUGUGGACAUCUGCCAGGAGUACAAAGACUUGCCAAACUGGGCGGUAGCUCAUGCUAACCUUGGGUUGAUGUGCCUCAAGGCCGGAGCUAAAGGACUGGCACAGAAGCACCUGAUGGAGUCUGUGCAGCUCUUCUCUGCGCUGGACGGAGGGCACGAGACAACUUUCAUCGCCGUGCUGCUGGAACUGGGACGACACUGCGUGAAGGAGCGCCGGAUGCAUUAUGGGAAAGGAUGCUACGAGUGGGCUUUGCUGCUGGCAAUCAACGCCAACCUCUCAGAGUGCCAGCUGAGCGCGGUAAGACGCCUGUGCCACCUGUACGAAUGUGAGAGUCCAGACCAGGCCCGGCGUAUCAUCUACAGCCAGUACCAGGUCCGACUGCUUCGAGGAACACGAGACCGAGAACGUGAGGGCGACGCGCAGGAAGCCAUCAGCCAGCUCUUCCUCUCGCUGGCCACAGACAGGGCCUAUCGCGCAGCUCUCGACCACACCAAGAGCAGUCUGGGUAUUUUCAUCGACCUGGGCUGCAGGGAGAAGGCGGCGUACGGAUGGCUGCAAGCCGGGAAGAUCUACCACCUCCUUGGCCAGGUGGAACUGGUGGAACUUUACGUGCAGGUAGCACAGGAUGUCGCUCUGAGCACAGGAGACACCAAGUUCAUCUUAAACCUGCUGGAAGCUGCUGGAGAUAUCUUCUUCAACAGCAGCCAGGACCGAGACAAGGCUAUCAUCUACUACAGGGAUCGCGCUCUUCCCAUCGCAGCCAGGAGCGACGCUGUGUCAAGCAAGCUGAGAUUGUGCAACAAGUUGACAGAAGUCAUGCUCAGUCUCCAACUGUACGGAGACGCUAUGGAGUUUGCUCACACCGCACUGGACAUCAGCAUCACACUUGGGGAGCACCUGAACGAGCGGGUGGCCUACUAUCGUCUGGCCUUUCUGCACCACCGUUUAGGUCAGUGUGAGCUAGCGGAACACUACUACCUGAAGACCCUGAGCCUCUGCCCGGCCCCUCUGCAGUUUGAUGAGGAAGCGCUCUACUACGUCAGGGUCUACCGGACCUUGGGGGACAUCCUUUUCUACAAUCUCAAGGACCCGUUUGAUGCGGCAGGCUACUACCACUUAGCGCUGGCCGCCGCCAUGGACGUGGGCAACAAGAAGUCGCAGCUGGUGCUGUGCACCCGCCUGGCCACCCUCUACCACAACUUCCUCAUGGACCGCCAGCUCUCGCUUUUUUUUUACAAGAAAUCCAGAGGCCUCGCCGCAGAGCUCAACGCGAGGAGGAUGAACACGGCAGCGGAUCGCGCCAGUGUCGUAGUUUACUAGGCAGCGCCCAGGGUCAGUAAGAAACGUCUCCCCUGCUGUAUGACAUUUCUGCGCGUGCACUAGCAGAACUACAUGUACCCUAUUGGAUGUCAUACAGCAGUUGUGGAAACAAAGUUACUAGUAAGACAUCGUCAUUCUAGUAGUGCACUGAAUUGUCUUACUAGUGAGAACAAAGAGCCUACCAUUACAUAGACAAUCCAGUGCAUUAGUAGGAUAUGUAAUAAAUGCUCAAAGGGCUUGCCAUAUACUUUAAUAGUUUGGCAAUUGUGUACAGUCAUGUAGGUUUUGCGCCACUGAGGGUCAGUGUAAACCUGUUUCGAGGCUGCGCUCCGGAGAUAAUAGUACACAGCCGAAAUGUUCAACACGCAAAGCCUGAAAUGAGCUAAAAAUGACUGUGAGGUGAAUAAAGUCAUAUCUGGAACGGAAAAAAAAAAGAGCAAACUGGUCAUUCACAAUGUAAAAAAAAAAAAAAAAUGCUCAUUGUGAACAUUAGCUGCAGGCUGCCCAGGACAAUAAAGAUGUUCUAAAACACUUCUAAGCAUGACGAAAGGAGGGGGGGAACAGUGCAAUUGGUUUGAAUAGGCUCUAAAAAUAUCAGCCAGGCUGACCAAUGGGAUUUUGAGGCUGACAUAUUUAGAGCAUAUGCUUAUUUUAAUAGUGCACCAUAGUAUAUUUAGCUGCCACGUGCUGAGUGUGUCCUUAUGAGAGUUUAUGGAGGGCCACCAUUCUUUCCCAUACGUUGGCCUUGGUAGAGUCUCCUUUAUGUAACCAACUGAUUCAAUGCCCACCGACGGGUCGCAGAAAGAUGCAUCCCUUCCGUCGAUUCGUCCAAACUUUGGACUAAUCCAACUAUAUCCUCCCAAAAAUAUGAGCCAAUGACAAACGUUGCGUGUCAGCAAGCACGGCAGAUGCGGGCGGCAGUGAGGCGGUGGCAGUAGGAAGGCAGGGAGAGAUUGAUGUCUUCUGCCCAGUCAGUGUUGCUGCAGUAGCAAUUAGAUAAUAGAUCUGGAUCAGCAAUCCACGUGGGCCUCGCAGUCAGCGCAAUGCUAUGAGAGAUUGCACGUGCGAACUUGAGUGCGCAAUUGCUACGAGAAGUUCAACAAAGGGAAGAGGGAGGAAAAAAAAAAAAAAAAAAAGCUGUUGUAAACCGCGACUAUAUAUUUUCACUCGCAUCACAUUUGUUCGAUCACAUUCUGUUGUAUAGUUAGCUUGAAGGUUAGCUUCAUAAUAACGUAACUGACGCAGGGGUCAGCAAUCUUUGACCCCUUGGCGAAAUGGUCAUUACACUGAAGAAGUGAAAAAUGUUUUUGGAUUACUGGAUAAUGAAUGCAAUAAAACAAAAUUGGCUCUGCACCAGAUUCCCA